AUGUUCCGCGCCCACAGAGCGAGGGUCUCGCCGAAGCCGAGCGGAGCCAGCCUCGCCUCCCCGGCACCCCCGGAAACUCCGGGACCCCCAACCCAGCCUCAGAAGCCAACCUACUUGGAGGACAAAGUCCAGAUCCCUGACGCAGAUGGGGUUCGGUUCAGCUUCCGGAAGCUGUGGGCAUUCACGGGCCCGGGUUUCCUCAUGAGCAUUGCCUUCCUGGAUCCCGGGAAUAUCGAGUCGGACCUGCAGGCCGGAGCCGUGGCCGGAUUCCAACUGCUAUGGGUGCUUCUUUGGGCCACCAUCCUGGGCCUGUGGUAUCAGAGGCUGGCAGCCCGCUUGGGAGUGGUGACCGGCAAGGACCUGGGCGAGGUUUGCCACAUUUACUACGCCAAGUUUCCCCGGAUCCUGCUGUGGCUGAUGAUGGAGGUGGCCAUCGUGGGUUCAGACAUGCAGGAGGUCAUCGGCACGGCCAUCGCCUUCAGCCUGCUCUCCGCCGGACGAAUCCCCCUGUGGGGAGGGGUCCUGAUCACCAUCACAGAUACGCUGCUCUUCCUCUUCUUGGAUAAAUACGGCCUUCGCAAGCUGGAGGCUUUCUUCGGAUUCCUCAUCACCGUCAUGGCUGGGACCUUCGGUUACGAGUACGUGGUGGUGCACCCAUCCCAGGCCCCAUUGUUGAGGGGGCUGUUCCUGCCGUCCUGCCCGGGCUGCGGUCGAACCCAGCUGCUCCAGGCCGUGGGCAUGGUGGGCGCCAUCGUCAUGCCACACAACAUCUACCUGCACUCAGCCCUGGUCAAGUCCCGAAGGAUUCAGCGCAGCCGACCAGCCGAAGUCCGAGAGGCCAAUAUGUACUUCCUGACCGAAGCCUCACUAGCCCUCUUCGUGUCCUUCCUCAUCAACCUCUUCAUCGUGGCAGUGUUCGCCCAGGCCUUCUACGGGCACACCAACCUCAGCGUGCAUGAAGUCUGUGUCAACAGCAGCAGCUCCUACUCCAACAUCUUCCCCAGGAAUAACCUGACGGUGCAAGUGGACAUUUACAAGGGGGGAGUGGUGCUGGGCUGCUUCUUCGGGCCGGCGGCCCUCUACAUCUGGGCCGUGGGCAUCUUGGCAGCCGGGCACAGCUCCACGAUGACGGGCACCUACGCCGGACAGUUCGUGAUGGAGGGCUUCGUGCAGCUUGGCUGGUCCCGCUUCUCCCGCGUCCUGGCCACGCGCUCCUGUGCCCUCUUGCCCACCAUCCUCGUCGCCCUCUUCAGAGACGUGGGGGACCUCACCGGCUUGAACGAUCUGCUAAACGUGCUGCAGAGCCUGCUGCUGCCCUUCGCCCUGCUGCCCAUCUUCACCUUCACCAGUCUGCCCUCGCUCAUGAACGAGUUCGCCAACGGCCCGCCGAGCAAGCUGAUCACCCUUCUGACUGUUGGGCUGGUCUGUGCCAUCAACUGCUACUUCGUGCUCAGCUACCUGUCCGCCCUGCCUCACCCCGCUUACUACGCGCUCGUGGGGACCCUGGCCACCGUCUACCUGGGACUCCUCGCCUACUUGGUCUGGACCUGCUGUAUGGCCCACGGAGCCACGGCCCUGGUCCACGCUUCCCACCGCCACUUCCUAUACGGACCCCCGCGUGGAGAGGAGGAAGAGGAGGAAGAGAAGGAAGAGAGGAGACCCUCACCACCCGGGCCUGCCACCCUCAAAUAA